CUCACCCGGUACCGCUAAGUUACGUCCGAAGAACGUCGUGAACGAGACCUUCGAAGGUUACGCCGUGGUGCAGUCGUAUUUGGCGUGGGAAUGUCUGGUACCGAAGAUGACGGGUUUGUUGAACCUCACGAAGAGGAAACCACCGAAACCGCCGGCGCGGAUACUGGUGGUGACGGUGAACGGUUGGACGAAGGCCCCGACGGCGGCGGCGGGACUCAGCCGGCCUCCAACCCUCAAGAUGCUGAGCUUCAUUCCCAAGACCUUGCCAACGAACAAGAUAUCGAAGCAGCCCUCGCUGCGACCCGUGCUAAACUCGCCCGAUUGGAAGGUUACAAGCGUCGCCGAGAGGAGGGUGUGGAGCCCGCCCCAAAGCGUCUGGCUCCCCGUGAGAGAAACGACACACCUUCCAUCCAGGAUACAAUCCAUCAAUUCCUUGCUAGCGCGGUUAAGGAUGCAUCAUUGUCCGCGGCCGCCGAGCGCGAAGAAGCAACUUUACCACCUUCUGAGUAUGAACAAUCGGUUACCAAGUUUUACGGGAUUACUCAGGUCGGCGUUGGGCUCGCACCCGAAACAGGUGGCGACACCCCUGAGUACGCUGACGCCCUACGUCGCCGCGUUAUCCACCUCAAGAACCUCGCCCAAGUCAAACGCGAUCUCUCCUUGGCCCGAGGCUGCCCUACCAUCGCGCCCAAAGAACUCGAUAAUGUGGUCCACCUGCGCUACGUGGAUUUCGAUAAAGUCCACCCGUCUAUCCGGCUCGCUAUCGGUCAACGGAAAUUCGAGCUGUCAAUCACAAAAACAAAACUCUCUCGAAAUGACUUCAUGUGCUACUACCCAAACAGCUGUACAGUACAGUACAUUACAUGAUUGCAGGUGCUGAGCAAAGAUUGUAACUAGUAAUUACCUGGAGUCGUCAACUCGCCCACAGUGUGCGAGUGAGCUGGCUCUCCCUCGCCUGCAUGAUCCGACCAUGUGUGGAUGGCUCGC